AUGGCAGAUAUUAUAACCACCACCCUUCUUCUCACCCUAGCAAUUCUAAUGUGACCUCUUAUAACAACACUAAGUCCCACCCCCUUAGACCAAAAAUGGGCCCUAAAAUACGUCAAAACCGCCGUAAGCACUGCAUUUUUUAUUAACACUAUCCCCCUUAUUAUUUUCUUAGACCAAGGAACAGAAAGUAUCAUCACCACCUGAAACUGAAUAAAUAUUAUAAACUUUGACAUCAAUAUUAGCUUUAAAUUUGACCAUUACUCACUGAUUUUCACCCCCAUUGCCCUAUACGUAACAUGGUCUAUUCUAGAAUUUGCAUCAUGAUAUAUACACUCUGACCCCUACCUAAACCGGUUCUUCAAAUAUUUACUACUAUUUCUAGUAGCCAUAGUCAUCUUAGUCACUGCCAACAACAUAUUUCAACUAUUCAUCGGCUGAGAAGGCGUCGGUAUUAUAUCCUUCCUACUAAUCGGAUGAUGACACGGCCGAGCCGACGCUAACACAGCAGCCCUACAAGCAGUUAUCUAUAACCGAGUUGGUGAUGUUGGCCUAAUUCUAACCAUUGCUUGAAUUGCAAUAAACCUUAACUCCUGAGAAAUUCCACAAAUUUUUCUACUAUCCAAAGACUUUGACAUAACCCUCCCAUUAAUGGGGCUUAUCUUAGCUGCCACAGGAAAGUCUGCUCAAUUUGGACUACACCCAUGACUACCAUCAGCGAUAGAAGGCCCAACCCCAGUUUCAGCCCUACUGCAUUCAAGCACAAUAGUAGUUGCAGGCAUCUUUCUACUAAUUCGACUCCACCCUCUAAUACAAGAUAAUCAACUAGCCCUAACCGUCUGCCUCUGCCUCGGCGCUCUAACGACCCUAUUCACCGCAACCUGUGCUCUUACCCAAAAUGACAUCAAAAAAAUUGUAGCAUUCUCAACAUCAAGCCGACUGGGGCUCAUGAUGGUUACUAUUGGCCUAAACCAGCCCCAAUUAGCCUUCCUGCACAUUUGCACCCACGCCUUCUUUAAAGCCAUAUUAUUCUUAUGCUCGGGCUCAAUUAUCCACAGCCUCAACGACGAACAAGAUAUUCGUAAAAUAGGAGGCCUACACAAACUAAUGCCAUUCACCUCAUCCUGCCUUAUUAUUGGCAGCCUUGCACUAACAGGCAUGCCUUUUCUAACAGGGUUCUUCUCAAAAGAUGCAAUUAUUGAAGCCCUCAACACCUCCCACCUAAACGCCUGAGCCCUAGCCUUAACACUAAUUGCCACCUCCUUCACCGCAGUCUACAGCCUUCGGGUUAUUUUCUUCGUAGUUAUGGGCUCCCCCCGAUUCUCAACUUUAUCCCCAAUUAACGAAAACCAUCCCGCAGUAAUUGCAUCUAUUGAACGUCUAGCCUGAGGAAGCAUCAUCGCAGGACUAAUCAUUACCUCAAACUUCCUACCAUCCAAGGCCCCCGUCAUGACAAUACCCCUUUCCCUUAAAAUUGCUGCCAUGGCAGUUACGAUCCUGGGGGUUAUUAUUGCCCUAACACUAGCCACAACAACCUCUAAACAAAUCAAAAUUACCUCGCUCCUGACUCCCCACAACUUUUCCAACAUACUAGGAUUCUUCCCAUCAAUCAUUCAUCGCUCCCUCCCUAAGCUUAACCUAGUACUAGGUAAACAAGCCACAAAACUCGAUCGCCAAUGAAUAGAAAUAGGACCCAAAGGUCUCCAUCCCCUGCACUUCACCCUGUCCUCUAUAUUUGAUAAUAUUAAUACUAAUAUCAUCAAGGUUUACCUGACCUUUUACCUAAUUUCUACAGCCCUAAUUAUUGUACUACUCUCCACAAUCUAA